CGGGUAUAAAAACGAUGAUAACUAAAAGUUAGCAAAAUCAAACACAUGCCAUUCCCAAUUUUUUAAACAUAGGAGCCAUUGAUAUUUGUUGCCAGACUUAAACCGAAAAAAUCACACUCACUUAUAUUUUUUGACCGAGUAACAUAUAUACAAAUACUGAAGCAAAUAAGUAAAAAAGGCCUAAAACACAAUGAGCGAUGAACAAUUACCGCAUUUAUAUCCUCGGGUGAUCGUGGUAAAUCACUCUUGGGAUAUGUCACCACCGCCAGAAGAAAUUGUCGAGGCUAGGGAAAUGGUUGAAGUCUCGCCUAUAUUACCCGUACCAGAAGCUACGAUUCCCGUGACUCGCAGGAGCGCCAGGAUUGCAAGUCGUGAAAGAAGUCGUCGGGAGCUUCAAAAUAGAUCAAGCGAGCCGAAGGUAAAUACUAAAAUAACCAAAAGAGGAAAGUUGCCGAAACCAAGAAAGGCUCAAACCGUUAAACACGUGAUUACCUGUCGCAAUUGCGGAACUGUUAAUACUAUACUUGCGCCGAGGUCGAUGGCCAACUUUUUAAAGUCAAGUCAAAGUAAAGUGCCAAAGUGGCACUGAAUUAUAUUCUCAAGAAAUAGGAUAGUUCUCGACAAUUUUAACCUUCAUUGAUGUUACAAGAAAAAAAUUUUACAUAAAUCGA